CCGUUCAGUUCGGUGUUAGGAUCCGUUUCCCAGGCAAUGAAAAUUUUCAUUUCUUUUUGUAUUUUUUUCCAGGCUGUGGUUUGCUCACCAACUCUUCUAUGGCUUGCUGCCUUCAGGGACCUUACAAUCGAUAGCAAACCAAUCCGUUAGUGUCGAUGGUUAAAGGGACGUGUGGGAUCUGUAUUGACAACGAUGCAAAAUACAAAUGUCCUAAAUGCGACGUUGUUUACUGCUCGUUGAAGUGUUUUAAGGAUCCAAAGCACGUACACAGCAAUGACAAUGAGACUGGAACACUAUCCGCAACAGUAGCAGAUGCAACCCAGCCAAUUGAACCUGUAGUUGGUACUACAGAGUACCAAUCAGUAUUCCAAGAUGAAAGGAUAAGGUAUCUACUCAAGUUUGAAGCAUUGAGAAUCCAUCUCUACUCAAUUUACAAAAUCCUCAAAGAUGAAAAAUUGACAAGGGAAAAGAAGUUAGAUCAGGCUAAUGAGAAGCUAAACUCUUUAAGAAUUGCCGGAGCUCAGGAGAACGAAUUGGUUGAAGAAUUUUGCGAAUUGGUGGUACAACUAAUACAAAAGAAAUGAUCAAGCUGAAAGUUUCAGUUUUGGUCUCAACAAUCCCCUUUGCCCCUUCACUUUGAUUCUAAAGAUU